AUGCACUUCACCAACAGCAUCAUCGCCGGCGCCUCCAUCCUUGGUCUGGCCACUGCCAGCCCUGUCGACCUCGAAGGUCGCCAAUCAGCUUGCUCAAGCUACACCAUCAUCAACACCCGCGGCACCGGCGAGGCCCAAGGCCAGUCCUCGGGCUUCACCACCAUGAACAGCAACAUCCGCUCCCAAGUCACUGGCGGCAAAACCUACAACACCGUCUACGCCGCCGACUACAGCCAAAACUCUGCAGCAGGCACCGCCGAUAUUGUCAACAAGAUCACCACUACCCUCCGCACAAGCCCCAACGAAUGCUUUAUCCUUGAGGGAUACUCGCAGGGUGCUGCCGCCACUGUCAAUGCUUUGCCCAAAUUGACCGGUACGGCCAACACUGCUGUCAAGGGUGUUUUCCUGAUUGGCGACNCCCUGCACAAGAGCGGUUUGACUUGCAAUGUUGACAGCAAUGGCGGCACAACAACCAGGAAUGUCAACGGCAUUUCAUACAAUGCUUACUCUAACAGCAUUCCCUCUGGUUGGGUGUCGAGAACACUUGAUGUUUGUGCUUAUGGUGAUGGUGUUUGCGACACCACUCAUGGGCAGGGUAUCAAUGCCGCUCACCUUUCAUACCCUAGAGAUGCCAGUGUGCAGAACUUGGGCACUCAGUUUGUUGUUGGCAAGCUGCGUGGCACUUCUUAG